AGAAACCAGGAGCAACGGAGCAACGGAGCCAAUUUCUCAUGAUGGCCUCAUCCUAGCCUCAUCCCAGCCUCAUCCCCAGCCUCAUCCCCAGAGUGAGAUCAGGUGUGGCUGUCCGUCAGAGACGUUCGUGGCGCCACCUUGGGUCCUCUCAUUGUCUCUACCUCUUCACUUAUCCAUAUGGCGGAGCAUCCGGGCGUGUGGGAGGAGCCCUCUCAUUCGGUCCCCGCCUCCCUCCCCUCGCGAGAAGAAUCCGACCAACUCCGAGAGCUGUCCUCGUCGCCCAGAGGCCAUUUGGUUCAUGACGUGAGAGAAGCCGUGGAUCACUUCAGGCGGGAGAUGUCUGAAAAUAUGAAGGAUGCCUUCAACCGGAGCACCGACAAGCUCUAUCAUGUCAUCACGGGUAACAAUCGGAUCGUUCAAUUCAGAAUCGGGGAAAAUGGCAAACUCAUCCUGGAGAAGACCAUUCAGAGCCUCAACAUGCAAACCAACAAGAUCAAGGAGGCCCGACAGAAACUCAUCGACGCCGGGAAGCAAGUCCCCUUGAAGACCAAGAAGCAAAUUCGGGAAGCCAUCACCGGCGAUCCCAACAAGAGAAUACGAGAUCACUUGAAGGAGGAGCCGCAAGUCAAGAUGAUUGACAAGUUCUCUUUCACUUUGGGCGUUCUGGUCAUUACCUUCACGGAAUGGAUUAUCAUGCGACACCCGGACUGGUUUCAAGCUUACUAUAAGCUCCUCAUGACAUUUCUAUUCGUGCUUCGGUACGUCAACUACAAAGAGGCCAAAUUCCAGUUCUUCAUGCUGGACUUUUGUUAUCUGGUCAACUUCUCGUGUAUGAUCCAGACCUUCUUCUAUCCGGAUCAUUUGGUGUGGUUCGUGGCCAACUUUGCCGCCUCCAUGGGACCCUUGGCCACGGCCAUCGUGGUCUGGCGAAACUCCUUGGUCUUCCACGAUCUGGACAAGGUCACGUCGUUCUUCCUCCACGCUUUCCCUCCCCUCCUGUGUCAUUUGCUCCGUUGGGACCUGAUUCCCUGCAACGCUGUCCAAGCCAACACCACGCUCAGUUUUGGGCCCUACUUCUUCUCGGCCGUGGGGAUCUAUGUGUGUUGGCAGAUCAUGUAUCUCAUCGCCACGGAAUACCUGUUCAAGUCUCAAUUGGAUGCGGAUCCCGAGCUGACCACCAGUCUCCGCUAUUUGUCUCAAGACAAGAAGAAUCCGGCCCGAAAGCUCGUGAGGAAAGUGUGCGUUCAACUCAAGGUCCUGAGGCAGGACGAGGACAUGGAUCCGGAUCAAUGGAAGACCAAAAUCAUCUUCGUCGUGUCCCAACUCGUGUACACCAUCUGUACGCUCAUUCCGCCUUACCUGAUCUUCCUGAGCUACAGUGUGAGCGUCAUCUACUUGAUCACCAUCUUCUCCUGGGCUACAUGGAACGGAGCCUCGUAUUAUGUCGAGGUGUUCAGCAAACGGUACAAUAUGAAGUUUGGUCAAGAGGUCGUGCCCAAGGAAAAAGCCAAGGAUGACGACGGACCAGAGUCGUCGUCGUCGUCGUCCGAUCCUAAACGGUCCAAAUCAGGCGAAAAUCAAGACGAGGACGACGACAUCUUCCUGGACUCGUUGGAUCACCUGAACUUGAACGAAUCUCAAGCGAUUGAACUAAUUGAAAUCCUCGAGAAACUGGAGGACGAUGCCGACGAGAACAAGUCUGCCAAUCGGGCGAGUGGAUCGUCCGAAGAUGGCAGUGACAUUGUCCAGAUUUCCAAGUCGGAUCUGGAAGAGAAAGAAUUAGAGGAAUUGGUCUCUCAACUGCCACCUGAAGCCAAGAAGGAUGUUUGAAUAUCAAAUUCGUAGUAACUAUUGUCAGGUGUUUGUUUCAUACUACUACUGUCGUCUUAUUUUGGCCUGCCCAUAUUUAUCCGUCGGAAUCGACUCUGGGAAGAGCAGUCCUCUUUUGUUAACGAUUCAUAUUCAUCUGACCCAAGGGCCGGAUACUUAAAGAGUCCGAAUAAAUGAAUGUUCUUAUUCCUGAA